AUGCCCGUCGCUGUGGAGUCGGCUAUACCCUACCCAACACCUCGGAAGGUUGACCUUGCUCACCACCUCUCUACCGAAGCUCGCAUCCGUCAACCCAACCCUAUUAAAUCAGUAUGGAAGGCCGCCCAGAUUCGACCUGGGAUCAUCAACAUGGGCAAUGGUGACCCGCAUCACACCCUUUACCCGAUUGCGUCUAUGAACUUCAUCGUGCCCUCACUUGACGGCGACCACCCCGUCGAAGCCUGGCGCAUGGGCACCUCGAAGACCCUUGUCCUCUCCUCGCACAAGGACGCUCCCUCCACGCUCAGCCUGCGCACCGCCUUCGCCUACGGUGCCGGUGCCGGCCUUCCCGCCGUGCGCGAAGCGCUGGCGGACCUCGGCGCGCGCAUCCACGCGCCGCCGAACCACACCGUGUGCCUCUCACUCGGGAAUGCAGACGCGCUCACCAAGUGCUUCCGCCUGUUCGGCGACCCGGACGACUCGUUCCUUUGCGAGGAGUUCACGUUCAGUGCAAUGACGAACGCGGCGCUUGCGCUCGGCAUCCGGUGGGUGCCCGUGCGCGUGGACGGGGGCGGGCUAUUGCCUGAGGACCUGGAGCGCGUGAUGAGGUGCUGGGACGAGAAGAAGCAAGGCAAGCGCCCACAUGUGCUGUAUACCGUUCCCUGCUCACAAAAUCCCACCGGGAGCACUAUCUCCCUCGAACGCAGACGGCAGAUCUACGAAGUUGCCCACAUAUAUGACAUCAUUAUUAUCGAGGACGACCCGUACUACUUCUUGCAGUACGAUCUCCAGAUCAACCAGAACACGCUCAAAGAGCACGGCUACACGCGUGCGAUGUCAGAGGUCCUCCCGCGCUCCUUCCUCUCCAUGGACAUCGACGGCCGUGUCGUCCGCCUCGACAGCUUCAGCAAGGUCCUCGCACCGGGCAUCCGGCUCGGGUGGAUCACAUCCUCCCCGUUCUUCGCCGACAAGCUCGACAUGCUCACAGACUCGUCCACGCAGCACCCGCACGGGCUCGGACAGGCAUACCUCGCCGAGCUCCUCGGCCCGACCGGCUGGGGCGCCGACGGGCUCAUGAAGUGGGUGCACUCGCUCGCGCGCGAGUACGAGCGCCGGCGCGACCUGUUUGUGAGCGUGUUCGACGCCAAGGUCGCGCCGACGGGGUGCGCGAGCGCGGAGGUGCCGCAGUCGGGCAUGUUUGUGUGGAUCCAGGUGCACCUCGAGUCGCAUCCGCGGUUCGUCGUGCGCACGCCGGACUCGGGCAGCGACGACGAGGGCGAUAUGCUCGGCGCGGUUAUGGCUGCGCCGGGCGUGCUGGGCGAGGUGGCGAGGCGCGGGCCGAUUACGAACACGGAGCAGCUGAUGAGCGAGCUGCUCAGGAAGCUCGUCGAGUCGGGGGUGAUCAUGAUCCCCGCGUCGACGUUCGCGAUCGUGGACCGCUCAGGUUCAACGCUCAGUCCCAUUGGAGACCGUGCAAACUACCUUCGGGCAACAUUCGUCGGCACAGACGAGACCAUUAGAGACGGCCUUACCAUUUUCGCACAGGCACUAGAAGAGUUCUUCAACCUGAAGUAGAUCAAUCCGUUACCUUUUUGCUUUGCUUUUGGAUUGUGCCCAUCUCGCUUAUCAUACCUCUCCUAUUUCCUGCCCUCGUCUCUCCACCUCUCUUUGGUCUACGUGUAUCCCUUGUUCAACUCGGCGCCGAAACGUUAUUGUCUCUCUCGCCGUUCAUAUGUAGAAUGGUUGAUAGUUUUUAUUGAAAGUAGAUCGACGGACUAAAUUAUGUCACUAGUGGUAAUUGUGUAUGUACCGUCGUAUGCCUAUAUAAUAUUGCGU